AUGGAUUGUUGGGAUAUUAGAAGAAGCGCAGGUUUGGAACGGAACCCUAUACAAGGGGCUUUUCCCCAACCUAUAUAUACAAGGUGCUGGUCUCGAUCUCGCUUGGCGGUGCCCCUCUCGAUGAUUGUUGACUCAACAUUGAUUUCGUGCUUGAGUUGGAGGGCCCUCCAUCCAUCGAGUCAAGUAAUUCGCUAUCGGAAAGAUUGCCGCCGCGUAUCUCAUGCUUCUUGUUUAUCCGAAUCGGUUCCUAGUGUCAGUCAAUCAAGAUUCGCCAUCAAGAGAGGGAAGAGCCUUGACUUUCGGUUAGGCCGGUCUCGUCAUUCAUGCAAUUCUCCCGUCCAUCGAUCGAUCACGCGAGCAUCCAGUCAGCACGCACAUAGCGAACGAAAAAAGCGUUCAUCCUGGAUUCUCUUCCUCAAUCAAAAUGUCUAUAAAUUGAUACCUAUUCAUUCGGUCAAAGUCUCCACGGGCCCCUCUACUGAGAGGUGCACCAUGUUGAUAGGAAUCGGCAAAGACCUUCUUGUACACGUCCUCGAGGGCAGCAUUCAUGGCAAUCAGAACGUCUUUCUCCCGAGGGCAUGGUAUGGCUUUGUUCUUGGUGUUGUUUAA